GGGAGAGAGAAUGGGGGAUGACGUGCGCAGCGCAGAGACCGGAGUUGAUCCGUAGACUCUGGAGGAGCCGCGGAGAGUGAGCAAGAAACGACUGCUGGGCUCUGAGAAGUGACCCCCGCCAUGCGUGAAUAUAAGCUAGUGGUGCUGGGCUCGGGGGGCGUGGGGAAGUCUGCUCUGACGGUCCAGUUUGUGCAGGGGAUCUUCGUGGAGAAAUACGACCCCACAAUAGAAGACUCCUACAGGAAGCAAGUGGAGGUGGACAGUCAGCAGUGUAUGCUGGAGAUCCUGGACACAGCAGGAACAGAGCAGUUCACGGCGAUGCGGGACCUCUACAUGAAGAACGGUCAGGGCUUCGCGCUGGUGUACUCCAUCACGGCGCAGUCCACCUUCAACGACCUCCAGGACCUGCGGGAGCAGAUCCUCCGAGUCAAAGACACGGAAGACGUGCCGAUGAUCCUGGUGGGGAAUAAGUGUGACCUGGAGGAUGAGCGGGUCGUGGGGAAGGAGCAGGGCCAGAACCUCGCCCGGCAGUGGAACCACUGUGCCUUUUUAGAGUCUUCGGCAAAGUCCAAGAUCAACGUUCUUGACAUCUUCUACGACCUGGUCAGACAGAUAAACCGGAAAACGCCCGUGGAAAAGAAGAAGCCCAAAAAGAAGUCCACCUGCGUCUUGCUCUAAGGGCUGCUGCUGCUGCAGGUCUGAGCCAGAAAGCCGUCAUGAAGAACUGUUGCCCUCCCGGAACGCUCCUGCAUUCCAACUCCAUCUGCGAUGAAAGAAGGAAGGAUGUCGGAAGAGAGAAGUGGAUUUGUCACUACCAACUUCCAAACAUAUCUCACAAGCUCCUCUCAGCUUUUUCUACCAACCUACCAAGAACUAUUUGGAUUUUCUUUUUGUUUUUCUGACGUCGGUUAAUGACGACACCACCAUGAACUCUGGCCUCUGAAACGGCCGCUCAGUUUCCUCCACCAUAAUCUUCUUUUUUUUUUUCCUAAAGAAAAAGAAAAAGUUAAACGGAAGCUGAGAGACAGACUGCAGUAUUUCUUCCUUGCAAUAGCAUAUUAAAAAAACACGGAGAGAUUGAGUUUAGAUGCGUAACGGUAAAUACAUAAACCUGUGAACAGCAUGGACUUGGUGUUGGUGUAAGUAUAGAUAUUGCAAGUGAAACCCGGUUGAAAUACUCCCUUUUAAAAAAAACAAAAAAAACAACAACCAUUCUCUGCUCUAACGGAGUCAACAGUAAUAGAUCAAAACGCCAUAUAUUUUUGUGUUAUGGACUUCCUCGUCUGCAAAUGCCACCUUUCUAAAGCGACGUUAUUUUAUAUAUAAAAGUCAACUGCUUUCAUAUUUCCCAUAAUAUAUUCCGGUUCCUCUUCAGCGUUGAAAUGCUUUAGAAAAACGGUCUUUUAUAAUAAGAAACUGGGGGGAAAUAAGAGCUGAUUUCUAUGUCCUGAAGCUCAGAUAUAUUCUACUAAACCAACUCUAAUAUUGCUUCUUGUCUUUUUCCUGUCGACAAUAAUUUCUCUUGAUUUCUGAUAUGAAUUAUUAAAUUUUAGUACAUUUUCAUUAUUUUUGGUCAUUGUAUUUAAUUUUUAAUUUUCUUCAUGUUGGAACGCAGCUUGGUAACUGGGUAUUUAUUUGUUUGAACCUGUUUGUGUGUAAUUGCCUCAUAUGAGAAUAAAAAUCCACAAUGCGGACAGACUUUAUACACCACUCUGUCACACACAUUACAUCCUCACUUACCGCCCUGUGUCACAUUACACCCUCACUCACCGCCCUGUCACAUUGCAUCCUCACUUACCGCCCUUUCUGUCACACACAUUACAUCCUCACUCACCGCCCUGUCACAUUACAUCCUGACGUACCACCCUGUCUGUCACAUUACACCCUCACUCACCGCCCUGUCACAUCAUACCCUCACCGCCCUGUCACAUUACAUCCUCACUUACCGCUCUGUCACAUUACAUCCUCACUUACCGCUCUGUCAGACACAUUACAUCCUCACUCACCACCCUGUCUGUCACAUUACAUCCUGACUUACCACCCUGUCUGUCACAUUACAUCCUGACUGGACACAAGCGCCCAGGUCAAUAAGAAAUGGCGUUUGCUUUUAAAUGCGUUACAUGGAUGUAAACACUUACCCCCCUAAGACUGUCAUGCUACCCCCAAGAGGAUCCCUUUUGGAUACCAUUUUGUGAGUAAUUCAGUGCUUGUAUAUGAAAGCUCAUCUGGGGUUAGAAAGGCAUGUAUAUUUCAUGUGUAAAAUCAGUUUGACAUUUUAAGGACAUGAGUGACAGGGGUUGGUUUUUUUUUGGUUUUUUUACUUUCCAGUAUUUAUUCAGUAUAAAGUAAAUAAACGUAUUUCAUAUCAACGUCA